GGCUAGGCUAAAGAAGGAUUUCUUCUUAUUUCUAUCCUUAUUCACGUGUUUCUCACCAUCAUCAUCCAUCACAACCUUUUUGAUGAAAUAAUGAGUAGAGGUGGGCCACCCUACAGAGGAGAUCGUGAUUAUUACAGUAGCCGAUAUGGAUCAGAAUAUGGUUCAUCUUCACGUAGCUAUUGGUCAUCCGGUCAACCAAGCGAUCGAUCAGAAGGUGAAGAUGCACGAUUAGCACGAUAUGAAAGAGAACGUGAAUGGGCACGUUACGAUCGUGAAAGGUAUGAAAGAGAACGAUAUGAUCGUGAAAGAGCUUAUACAGAUCGUCGUGAUCCAUAUGAAGAUCGUCGAUGGGAUGAAAGAGAUCGGGCAGAUCCAAGACGUUAUACAGAAGGAAGGGAAUAUCGUGAUCCAAGAGAAGCAGAUCGCUAUGCAGGAACAGAUUCAAGAUACAGCCGAUCAAGCUAUUAUGAUCGAGGCUAUCGUGAUCUGGAUGCAGCUGAACGCAGUACAUCUGCAGUUGAUCCAAGAGCAGAAAGAGAUCUAGCAUACCAAAGACAAAGCUCCACCUGGAGAAGAAGUCCAUCACCAUCUCAUCGUUCAAAAUCGCCACGAUCGGUUUCGCGUCGCUCUACACCUUCAUCAUCACGCAGGCCAUCCCCUCCUCCUCAUUCGGCUGCAGCUGGGGCAGAACGAACGCCUUCAUCUGCAACUUUUGCAUCUGCUGCACGAAGGGAUAGCGCAACUGGAAUACCUUCAGGCCCACGAGAGUAUACCGAUCGUGAUCGUGAAAGGGAACGACUCAGAGAUCGAGAGAUGGACAGAGAUGCUAUGCAGCAACCGCCAACAGGACCUCGAAGCAGCUUUGCCAGGCCGCCUCCCUCUGGUCCAAGUGGUGGAUCAAACAGGGCACCGCCUUCUAAACCUCGUGCUUCGUAUGAUGAACAAUCUUACUUUUCACGCACACCUGGACGUGGAUCAUACGAAGAUUCUCACUACAAUCGUUCUUUGAGUCGCACAUACGAUCGGUCGCCCUAUGCAAAUGCACCUUCGGGAAGUGAGCAGAAUACACCAUCCGUACGUGCGCCACCAGCGACAACACCGACUGGUCCACGUCGCGAAAGCAGUCAACGUGAUCUUGCACAUCUACAAGUACCUACACGUUCGCCAGCACAUGUGUAUUCAUCUUCUUCUGCAGGUGUUGGAAGUGGUGCAACAACACCUGCAGCAGUGAACGGAACGCCAGAAAAGGUAUCAAGUCGUAAAGCAUCAUUUGCAGAAGGUUUACGAGUUCGUGGAAAAAGUAAUAAUCUUCAAUUAGAACAAAAGAUUAAUGAUCUUUCGGUUGAUCGAAUUGCAUUCACACGAAAAAUACAUGCAAAUCCUGCCAUGGAAUCUUUACGUAAAGCGUUACAUGAAUUAGCUGAUUCGGAUGUAGAAUUAGCAGGCGCUCGAUUGAAAUCCAGCUUAACGGAAGCUGCUUUAGAAAAAGCAAAAGAGGAAGCAGAAGCUUGGAGUAUCGAAAGUGCAAGAAUAGAACUUGAACAACGUAACAGCGGUCCACAAGGUUAUUGGAAUGUUGUAUAAUUACAUGUACAUAUACCCUCAACACAUUUUAUCCAAUAAAAAAGUCAUGAUUGAUCUUAUUUUUUUUUC